ACAAAUUACUGAAAGGGCUCUGUCUUCUUCCCCAAAAGCAUCAGCCAAAGCUAAAGGGCCAUUUGACACCCUUUUCGCCCUCAAUUCCUUCUCGAACUCCAAAGCAUUUCAAUCAUCCAACGUACAGUUCCAAUUCUUUUCUUAGUCUCGGAGCAAUCCAAAAGUUCCCCCCCUUCCGAUUGCCCCACCUCACACUCAAAGCAUCUCUCCGCUUCCUUCUUCUAUACUGCAUAAACAUGCUCCUCCCCGCUUUCUUCCGCAUUCCCACAAACUUACACUCACCCACACUUACUGAAAAUUUGACUGGUUUAUCAAAUCCAUCAGCUGGAAGAAUUACUAGAUUGCUGAGUUGGUUUGCGAAGCCAAGUUAUGGCGAGUUCCAGUGGGAGCAAGAACGAGGUGGGCCCGCCUCGUUCCUUGUCUCGGCGGGUCACGCGAACGCCCACUCGGUUGGUUGAGUUGCCCGAGGACAAUCCCGGUAUUGACAGUGAGCUAGUGCCAUCGUCGCUCGCCUCCAUUGCCCCCAUUCUCCGUGUGGCCAACGAGAUUGAGACUGAAAAUGCCAGAGUCGCCUAUCUCUGCCGCUUCCAUGCAUUUGAGAAGGCUCAUAAAAUGGAUCCAACAUCAAGUGGACGGGGUGUUCGACAAUUCAAGACUUAUUUGUUACACAGACUUGAAAAGGAAGAAAUUGAAACACAACCAAAACUUGAAAGACAUGAUAUUCAAGAAAUUCAGGCUUUUUAUCAGAAAUUCUAUAAGCACAAUAUUGAAGAAGGAGAAUAUACCAAGCGACCGGAAGAGAUGGCUAAGAUUUAUCAGAUAGCGACCGUAUUAUAUGAAGUACUAAAGACAAUGGUACCUGCAUCAAAAGUUGAUGAAAAGACAGAGCAAUAUGCCAAGGAGGUCCAAAGGAAAAAAGAUCAGCAUAAACAUUAUAACAUUCUCCCCUUGUUUGCUUUGGCGGUUAAACCAGCUAUCAUGGAACUUCCCGAGAUUGAAGCAGCAAUUGAAGCAUUAAAGAAGGUGAACGAUCUUCCAAUGCCCCAAAUUCAUUCAACCAGCAAUCCUGAUGAAAAUCCGUCCAUGCUAACAGAGAGGGUGAAACCUGUAAAUGAUAUCCUUGAUUGGCUGUCCUCUAUUUUUGGGUUUCAGAAAGGAAAUGUAGCAAACCAGAGGGAACACUUAAUUCUGCUUCUUGCAAAUAUUGAUAUAAGAAAUAAGAAUCUGCAAGUUCCUCAUCAGCUAAAAAGUGGAACAGUACAACAACUGAGCGAAAAAAUCUUUAAGAACUAUAUUUCCUGGUGUAACUAUCUUCGAUGCAAGCCAAACCUUGGGUUUCCUCAUAACUGUGACCGGCAACAGUUGCAGCUUAUUUAUAUCGGACUUCAUCUUCUUAUCUGGGGUGAAGCUUCAAAUAUUCGCUUCAUGCCUGAAUGUUUAUGCUACAUUUUCCACAAUAUGGCCAACGUUGUCUAUGGGAUUCUGUAUAGCAAUGUCCAUCCUGUUAGUGGAGAAUCGUUUCAGGAGGCAGAAGCACGUGAUGAGGAAUCGUUUUUGAGGGAAGUUAUCACUCCAAUUUACCAAGUUCUUCUGAUGGAAGCUAAGAGAAACAAAGGAGGUAAGGCUAGUCAUUCUACCUGGCGGAACUAUGAUGAUCUCAAUGAGUAUUUUUGGUCUGACAGAUGUUUCAACCUUGGAUGGCCUAUGAACCCAAAAUCAGAUUUUUUUAGGCAUUCAGAUUCUAUACAACCUGCAAAUGUGAAUCCUAACCAAGUAGCUGCUGGAAAGAGGAAGCCCAAAACAAAUUUUGUUGAAGUUCGUACCUUUUUGAAUCUUUAUAGAAGCUUUGACAGAAUGUGGAUAUUCUUUAUAUUGGCAUACCAGGCUAUGGUAAUAAUUGCCUGGAGCCCUGGUGGAUCUCUUAUUGCAGUUUUUGAUGCUGAUGUCUUCAAAAGUGUUUUGAGCAUUUUUAUUACUGCUGCUAUUCUUAAUUUUUUGAGAGCUACUCUGGAUAUAAUUCUAAGUUGGAUUGCAUGGAGGAGCUUGAAAUUUACCCAAAUACUACGUUAUCUUCUAAAGUUUAUAGUGGCAGCAGCGUGGGUCGUGGUUCUGCCAAUUGCUUAUUUUAAUACCGUGCAAAAUCCCACUGGACUUGUGAAAUUUUUCAGUAGUUGGGCUGCGGAUUGGCAGAACCAGUCAUUUUAUAGUUAUGCCGUUGCAGUAUAUUUGAUACCAAAUAUAUUGUCUUGCUUACUAUUUUUGCUUCCACCUUUGAGAAAAAAGAUGGAACGUUCAAAUUGGCGAAUUAUCUCAUUUCUAAUGUGGUGGGCUCAGCCUAAACUUUAUGUAGGAAGAGGCAUGCAUGAAGACAUGUUCUCAUUGCUGAAGUAUACACUGUUUUGGAUUCUGCUGCUAAUCAGUAAGCUAGCAUUCAGCUACUAUGUGGAGAUAUAUCCACUCAUUGGUCCUACAAAGUUGAUUAUGUCAAUGCAUAUUGAUAAUUAUGAAUGGCACGAGUUCUUUCCACAUGUGUCAAAUAAUAUUGGGGCUAUUAUAGCGAUAUGGGCUCCAGUUGUCCUGGUUUAUUUUAUGGAUGCACAAAUUUGGUAUGCAAUAUUUUCAACAAUUUUUGGGGGCAUUCAUGGGGCCUUCAGUCAUCUGGGUGAGAUAAGGACACUUGGCAUGUUGCGAUCCAGGUUUGAGGCCAUUCCUUCAGCCUUUAGUGAACGACUGGUUCCAUCAUCAGAGAGGGAUUCCAAAGGAGAGAACCUGUCACAGGAGGAAGUAAGUAAGAAUAUUACCAACUUCUCUCAUGUCUGGAACGAAUUCAUACUAACUAUGCGACAAGAGGACCUGAUCAGUAAUAGGGAUAGAGAUUUACUACUUGUUCCAUAUUCUUCAAGUGAUGUCUCGGUAGUCCAGUGGCCUCCUUUCUUGCUUGCUAGUAAGAUUCCAAUAGCAUUGGAUAUGGCAAAAGACUUUAAGGGAAAAGAGGAUGUUGACUUAUUCAGGAAGAUCAAAAGUGACGAUUAUAUGUAUUCUGCUGUAAGAGAAUGCUAUGAGACACUCGCAGAUAUAGUAACUGAACUUUUGAAGGAUGAAGAAGACAAGAGGAUUGUGCGGCAAAUUUGCCAUGAAGUAGAAAGUAGCAUACGGGAGAAAAAAUUCUUAAGCAAUUUCAAGAUGAGUGGCCUUCCUUCACUCAGUGAGAAGCUGGAAAAAUUUUUAAAACUUUUAGUGGUAUGUGUUUAUUGUAUUGAAAACAAUAUUAGCAACGAUGAUGGUACCUUUGAUAGACCGAUGAAAUGGAGUUGAUUGUGUUUAUAUUUAAUCAUGUGUUUUUUUUUUUUUUUUUUUUUUUUUUUUUNACAGAUAAUCAAUGUUCUCCAGGACAUCUUUGAGAUUAUCACGCAGGAUGUCAUGGUUAAUGGCUCUCAAAUUCUUGGAGCAGAGGUAGAUCCUUAUGAUAACUCUGAUGGGAAGCAGGGGCAGAGGUUUGAGAAUAUUAACAUAGAACUUACACACACCAAAUCAUGGAUAGAAAAGGUUGUUAGGCUUUCUUUGCUUUUGACUGUCAAGGAAUCUGCAAUUAAUGUGCCUCAAAAUUUGGAAGCCCGUCGGCGUAUCACAUUCUUUGCGAAUUCCUUAUUUAUGACCAUGCCUAAAGCUCCUAAAGUCCGUGACAUGCUAUCUUUCAGUGUUUUAACUCCUUAUUACAAAGAAGACGUCCUUUAUUCCGAUGAGGAACUUAGAAAGGAAAACGAGGAUGGGAUAUCCAUUUUGUUCUAUCUCCAAAAAAUUUAUCCUGAUGAAUGGACCAACUAUCAGGAGCGAAUUAGAGAACCAAAACUUGGGUAUACUGAAAAGGACAGGAAGGAGUUAAUACGCCAAUGGGUAUCCUACAGAGGGCAGACAUUAUCAAGAACAGUACGAGGUAUGAUGUACUACCGAGAUGCGCUUCAGCUUCAGUUCUUUCUGGAAUUUGCUGGGGAGAAUACUGGUGGUUAUCGAAACAUGCACUUAAAUGAAAAGGAUCAGAAAGCAUUCUUUGAUCGUGCACAAGCUCUGGUUGACUUAAAAUUCACCUAUGUUGUCUCAUGUCAAAUCUAUGGUGCCCAGAAGAAGUCUGAUGAUGCUCGUGACCGAAGUUGCUAUAGCAAUAUUCUCAAUCUGAUGUUAACGUAUCCAUCUCUACGUGUUGCUUACAUAGAUGAAAGAGAGGAGACGGUGAAUGGGAAGUCCCAGAAGUUUUAUUACUCAGUUCUCGUAAAAGGAGGUGAUAAAUUAGAUGAGGAAAUCUAUCGAAUCAAGCUUCCAGGUCCUCCAACAGUAAUUGGUGAAGGAAAACCUGAGAAUCAAAACCAUGCCAUUAUUUUCACUCGUGGACAAGCUCUGCAGACCAUAGACAUGAACCAGGACAACUAUUUUGAAGAAGCUUUCAAAAUGAGAAAUCUUUUGGAAGAGCUCCAAAAAACCCGUCAUGCAGAUCGAAAACCCACAAUCUUGGGUUUGAGGGAGCAUAUCUUUACUGGAAGUGUUUCAUCUCUUGCAUGGUUCAUGUCCAAUCAGGAAACUAGUUUUGUAACUAUUGGCCAACGAAUUUUGGCAAAUCCUCUAAGGGUACGUUUCCAUUAUGGUCAUCCUGAUGUAUUUGACAGAAUCUUCCACAUAACUAGGGGUGGCAUCAGUAAAGCUUCUAGAGUCAUUAACCUAAGCGAGGAUAUAUUUGCUGGAUAUAAUUCAACUCUUCGUGGGGGGUUUGUCACACACCAUGAAUACAUCCAAGUAGGCAAGGGGCGAGAUGUGGGCAUGAAUCAAAUAUCACUUUUUGAGGCAAAGGUUGCAAAUGGGAAUGGAGAGCAGACACUUAGUCGUGAUGUUUAUAGGCUUGGGCGUCGUUUUGACUUCUACCGAAUGAUGUCCUUCUACUUCACAACUGUUGGAUUCUACUUCAGUAGUAUGGUGACUGUGCUGACAGUAUAUUUAUUUUUAUAUGGACGUUUAUACAUGGUUAUGAGUGGAGUUGAAAGGGAGAUUCUUGAAAACCCUUCCAUACGUCAGACGAAGGCUCUUGAAGAGGCUUUGGCUACCCAGUCUGUAUUUCAACUAGGCUUGUUGCUGGUACUACCAAUGGUUAUGGAAAUUGGCCUUGAAAAAGGAUUUCGCACUGCCCUUGGUGAUUUUGUUAUCAUGCAGCUGCAACUAGCUUCUGUUUUUUUCACAUUUCAGCUUGGAACUAAAGCCCACUUUUAUGGUCGAACAAUCUUGCAUGGAGGUUCUAAAUAUCGAGCUACUGGUCGUGGGUUUGUUGUUUUUCAUGCAAAAUUUGCUGAUAAUUACAGGCAGUACUCACGAAGUCACUUUGUCAAAGGCUUGGAACUUUUUAUUCUGCUGCUUAUUUAUCAAAUCUAUGGAAAUUCAUAUCGCAGUUCAAAACUUUAUCUAUUCAUCACUUUCUCCAUGUGGUUUCUGGUUGCCUCCUGGUUGUUUGCUCCCUUUGUGUUCAAUCCAUCUGGAUUUGACUGGCAAAAGACGGUUGAUGACUGGACAGAUUGGAAAAGGUGGAUGGGAAAUCGUGGUGGAAUAGGGAUCUCCCAUGACAAAAGUUGGGAAUCUUGGUGGGAUGGAGAACAGGAACACUUGAAAAGUACAACACUAAGGGGAAGAGUGCUAGAGAUAAUACUUGCUUUACGAUUCCUGUUAUACCAAUAUGGAAUUGUUUACCACCUUGAUAUAUCUCAUAGCAUUAAGAGCUUCUGGGUUUAUGGACUUUCUUGGGUUGUCAUGUUAAUUGCUCUUGUUGUCUUAAAGUUGGUAUCCAUGGGCAGACGAAAAUUCGGUACCGACUUCCAGCUCAUGUUCAGAAUACUAAAAGCUCUUCUCUUCCUCGGUUUCAUGUCGGUCAUGACAGUCUUGUUUGUAGUAUGGGGCCUCACAGUAUCAGAUCUAUUUGCAGCUCUCCUUGCGUUCUUGCCUACUGGAUGGGCCAUCCUUCUGAUUGGGCAGUCAUGCAGACCGAUGAUGAAAGGCAUAGGAUUCUGGGAAUCAAUAAAAGAGCUUGCAAGAGGGUAUGAAUACAUCAUGGGUCUCGUUAUUUUCAUGCCCAUAGCCAUCUUGUCCUGGUUCCCAUUUGUAUCAGAGUUCCAAACACGUUUGCUGUUCAAUCAAGCAUUCAGUAGAGGUCUGCAGAUUUCAAUGAUUCUUUCUGGAAGAAAAGAUACGUUAUUACACGAAGGUGUUGAAAACUGUCCACAACCAAAAAAUGUCGAAACAAAUAACUUGAAGCAGAAAAACGUGAGGGGAGAAAUCUUUUGAAUAGAGGGACCUUAAGCACUUAUGCUUUAUUAAUUCUCUUUUUUUUGUUGUGGAAAUAACAUACAUCUUCGUGAGUAUUUAUAGUGGAGAUUGCACCACCUAUCUCCUAAACUUCCUCAAAUUCCUAAUCUCUGAGAUCUGCAAGUGAUGAUUAUGGUAAAACUUCACAUGUUUACUAUAGUUUGAGAUUAACAAAUUUUGACCUUCAGUG